AAUCCUUAUAACCAAACAUUACCAAAGGAUUUUGCGAAGGGCCACGUGUAGCGUAAAGACCGUACUUUCACAAUUGCUCAUUCUGCCCCGCGAGCUCCCCGUAUCAUCGUCACCUGCCGCCACAAUCAUCAUCUUCGUCUAAAGCAAGUUCCCGUGGCAUCAAUCCACCCGCAUGUGGGCUAGCCUGACCAACGGCGGUGUUCGAAUUUUGCGCUAUUGUGGUGGUCGUCUUCCACCUGUCCCCUCUCAGCUCCCCAGGUUUCGUGCCCUUCCUUUCAUGGAGAACACUAACCUUAAUACCACUACGUCGUCGUCUUUCUCUUCUUUUGCUCAUUCCAAUCGAAGCGGACGUAGAGGAAGAGGUAAAGAGAUGAAAUAUGAUCGAGGAGGAUCCAGAGGCCGUGGCGGUGGUAGCGGCGGCGACGACAAAAUUGAUGCACUUGGUAGACUCCUGACACGAAUUCUGCGACAUAGGGCUACUGAACUAAAUUUGAAUAUGCGGAGUGAUGGUUAUGUCAAAGUUCAAGAUUUACUGAAACUGAAUUUGAAAACAUUUGCCAAUAUUCCAUUAAGGUCUCACACAGUCGAUGACAUCAAGGAGGCUGUUAGCAAGGACAAUAAGCAACGAUUUAGCCUUCUAGAGGAAAAUGGGGAGCUUUUGAUACGUGCAAACCAGGGCCAUACAGUAACGAUAGUUGAGUCUGAAAGCUUAUUAAAACAAAUCCUUUCAGCUGAUGAAGUGCAACUAUGUGUACAUGGAACCUAUAAGAGGAAUUUGGAAUCAAUUUUGGAGUCUGGUUUAAAGCGCAUGAAAAGAUUGCAUGUCCAUUUCUCAAGUGGCUUACCAACGGAUGGUGAAGUAAUUAGUGGUAUGAGACGAGAUGUUAACGUUUUGAUCUUUCUUAAUGUCAGAAAAGCCCUGGAAGAAGGAAUGAAGCUUUACAUUUCAGACAACAAGGUGAUCUUGACUGAAGGUUUUGACGGGGUUGUACCUGCCAAGUACUUUGAGAAGAUAGAAUCAUGGCCAGAUAGACGACCUGUACCAUUUUCACUGUAAAUUGGAUUAGAAAUGAUCAUUUUUUUGUACUCCCUUUAAUCUGUGUGAUGAUCAUUGAAUGAUUUCUCUUUGAUCUUCUUCAUUUACACUUUAGCUUGCCCACAUUAUUACAGAGCUAAAUCGAUCCUACCUUUACCAACCGAUGACAUAUUCAGGAACUGGGUAAAAUUUAUUGGUCGAGAUUUUUCAUCAUGUAACUCGCAACUUAAUUUGAUUUAUAUAUUUGGCAUCCAUUUGCCUGAA